UUUCUUCACUUUGAUAUUUGAAAUUAAGAUAAUUUAAGGUAUUAUAUGUGUGUCUGUGUGUAUAUAGAUAAAUACAAAGACUUGCCUUCACCUUCUCUGCAGAGUCUCUCUUUCCUGUGUUGGUGAAAGAAAGAUGUCUUCCUUCAGGGUCACGGCUUUUCUAGUUGUUCUUGUAGUGUUACUACCUUUGACUGCUCUGGGGGGUGGCGGCUUUGGGGGCCCUGGCGACCAUGGGGGCGGCUGGGGCUUCAAUGAGUUCUCACCAUCUUAUCCUCCCUUCGCUGAAAAUCCAUGUCAUAUGGUGGACUGUGGAAAGGGAACCUGCAAUUCAAAUGCCACUUUUCCAUACAACUAUGUCUGUGAAUGUGAACCUGGUUGGAAGAGAGCUACUGAUGAUAACAACACAUUCGAUUUUGAUUUUGGAAGAUCUCAUCACUUUUUUCUCCCCUGCAUAAUUCCAAACUGUACUCUUAACUAUGGUGCCUGCCAGCCAGCCCCACCACCAGUUCCAGCCAGAACAUGUCCCACCAAUUUCUCUACCUAUGACCCUUGUGAUUGGAUCUACUGUGGAGAGGGCAAAUGCAAUAGGACAACAACUUAUAAGCACACAUGUGAAUGCAAUCCUGGGUACUCUAAUCUCCUCAACAUUUCCUACUAUCCAUGCUACAGCAACUGUACUCUUGGAUCUGAUUGUUCAACUCUUGGGAUUACGGUUGCGAAUGAUCAAACAAAAGCAAAUCAUGGUAACUCACUUCAACCACGGAGGCUCCAUAUGAUGGCCAUAUUGAUGAUGUUCAUUGCUAUGGCUCUGUGGAAGUAGGAUACAAUCUGAUGGGUCAGGUCUAGGCUACUAGACUGUAGUCUCUUCGUGGAGACUUUACCAUACUAGGAUAUAAUCAUUGGGUGAAUUGUUGUUUCAAUUCUUCGGGCGGAUUCUUGUGUACAAAUUCAGUUUGAAUAAAUAAGUCCGAUACUGGCCUAGAUGGAGGACGAUUGUUGUAUACAGAACGCUGUAGAAUUAAAGUUGAGUAUAUAUUAUCGUUUUGUUUGUGUACCAUGCCAUAUAUGGUUGAUUUGGUCAUGUAUCUAUCGGAGCUUGUAUUAUGAUUUUUCAUUCUGUUG